AUGAAAUUAUCAACAGCUGGAAUUACAAAAUGCAUAACGCGUAGAACUAAAAAGUAUCUAGAUAGAAAUGAAAAUAAUAUUAGAAUUAGUUAUAAAUAUACAAGUACGGAAAAAAUACAACUUUUAUUUUAGGACGAGCUAGAUAAAGAACAGAUUUCAAUGCUAAAAUCAACCUUCGAUGCGUUUGACGUUGACAGAAAAGGAUAUAUCGAAGCUGAUAUGAUUGGGACCAUAAUAGAAAUGUUAGGUACUGGAGUAGGUACCGAAGAUAUAGACAAAAUAAUCGAAGAAAUAGAUGAAGACGGCAAUGGUGAGGUGAGCUUUGAGGAAUUCGCAAAGUUAGCUGCACGUUUUUUAGUUGAAGAAGAUGAAGAUACUGAGGCAAUUCAACUGGAAUUGAAAGGAGCAUUUCGGCUUUAUGACAGAGACGGUAAUGGAUUCAUAACUAUUGAGGUAUUAAGAGAAAUUCUACGAGAACUGGACGAGAAAUUGACAGAAGAUGAUCUGGACAAUAUGAUUGAUGAAAUAGAUGCUGACGGAUCUGGUACGGUCGAUUGGGAAGAAUUCAAAGCCGUUAUGAUUGGUUGAAACAUUGAUUGAUUAGCAUCAAAAGCAUUUACUUUUUAUCUUAUUUUGUAAUUAAUUAGAGAAUGUAAAAUAAAGAGCAUAAAAAUC